AUGUCUACCAACGAUCACAAUGAGUCAUUCAAACUCGAAAACCUGUUCUCCGUCAAGAACAAAGUCGCCCUGAUCACCGGUGGCGGCAGUGGGAUUGGACUCAUGGCGACUCAAGCCCUAGCCACCAACGGAGCCAAGGUCUACAUCGUAGGACGCACAGAGGAGAAACUCGAGAAAGUGGCCGAGACCUACGGCAAAGACAUUUCGGGUUCCAUCAUUCCCAUCACGGCCGACGUAUCCAAGAAAGACGAGAUCAAGAAACUCGUCGACACGAUCUCUUCCAAGGAGAAAUGUCUAUGCAUCUUGAUCAACAACGCCGGCAUCGCGCUCAACACGCAACAGACAGAAGCCUCGUCGGCGGAGGAACUAUCCAAGAACCUUUUCUCGGACCCGAACGAAACCUUCGAGAUGUGGACCGACACGUACCGGACCAACGUGCCGCAACUCUACUUCAUGACGACAGCCUUCCUCCCGCUCCUUCAGGCCGCACAUAAGCACAACGACAAUUUCUCCGGGGCGGUCAUCAACAUCAGCUCGAUCAGCGGCAUCGUGAAGACGUCGCAGCACCAUUUCGCGUACAACGCGUCCAAAGCCGCGGCCAUCCAUCUGACGACAAUGCUCGCCAAUGAGAUCGGCAGUCUGAACGGCUUGCGCAUUCGCGUCAACAGCAUCGCGCCGGGAGUUUUUCCCAGCGAGAUGACGGCGGGCGAGAGCGAUGAGAAGCAGAAGUCUCACAUCCCGCGCGAGAAGUAUGAGGACAAAACGACGGCGACCAGGCCGGGCGAGGAUCGUGAUAUGGCGAAUGCGAUUCUCUUCGCCGCUACCAAUCAGUAUCUGAAUGGCCAGACGGUGGCGGUCGAUGGUGGGUAUAUCCUCAGUGCUGGGGCGGGUGCUUAA